AUGUCUCACGCCGACGCCGAAGAGGCGCAGUACCAAAAGGAGGUCGAGGAGGUGAAACAAUGGUGGACUCACUCAAGAUGGAGAUACACAAAAAGACCAUUUACAGCAGAGCAAAUUGUUUCGAAGCGUGGAACCCUUAAGAUCCAGUAUCCGGGAAAUACUCUGUCGAAGAAGCUGUGGAAGACUGUAGAGGACCGCUUCAAGAACAACGAUGUUAGCUUCACAUAUGGGUGUCUUGACCCCGUGAUGGUUACACAAAUGGCGAAGUACUUGGACACAGUGUACGUUUCUGGCUGGCAAUGUUCCUCAACGGCUUCAUCGACUGAUGAGCCUGGACCAGACCUGGCAGAUUACCCCUACACAACCGUACCAAACAAGGUCGGGCAUUUGUUCAUGGCGCAAGUGUUCCAUGACCGUAAGCAGCGCGAAGAGCGCGUCACUACACCAAAAGCCGACCGUGCGAAGCUCGCUAACGUCGAUUACCUGCGACCCAUCAUCGCCGAUGCGGAUACCGGCCACGGAGGUCUGACAGCCAUCAUGAAGCUCACAAAGCUGUUCGUUGAGAAGGGUGCUGCUGGUAUUCACGUUGAAGACCAAGCGCCAGGAACAAAGAAGUGUGGACACAUGGCAGGAAAGGUCUUGGUACCGAUCAGCGAGCACAUCAACCGUCUGGUCGCUAUCCGAGCCCAGGCCGACAUCAUGGGCAGUGACCUUCUGGCCGUUGCUCGUACUGAUUCGGAGGCCGCCACCCUGAUCACAUCAACAAUCGACCCUCGCGACCACCACUACAUUUUGGGUGUAACAAACCCCGCCAUCCAGCCUCUCAGCGAUCUCAUGUAUGCUGCAGAGCAGGCCGGAAAGAAUGGCGUAGAACUCCAGGCGAUUGAGGAUGCAUGGACCAAGGAAGCCCACCUGAAACUCUUCCAUGAGGCUGUGGCAGACACCAUCAAUGCCGGUGUCCAUGUCAACAAGCAGGAGCUGAUCGCCCAGUUCAACAAGCAGAGCAAGGGAAAGAGCAAUUCAGAGGCACGUGCCAUCGCGAAGGGCCUGAUAGGCGUCGAUAUCUUCUUCAACUGGGACGCCUCACGAACACGCGAGGGUUACUACAGGUACCAGGGCGGAUGCCAGACUGCCGUCAACCGCGCGAUCGCUUACGCGCCGUACUGCGAUAUGAUCUGGAUGGAGUCGAAGCUGCCCGACUACGCUCAGGCGAAGGAAUUUGCUGACGGUGUUCACGCUGUCUGGCCCGAGCAGAAGCUUGCAUACAACCUUUCACCCUCCUUCAACUGGAAGAGCGCCAUGCCCCGCGACGAGCAAGAAACCUAUAUCAAGCGUCUCGCAGCUCUCGGCUACUGCUGGCAGUUCAUCACGCUCGCCGGUCUUCAUCAGACUGCUCUUAUGGCCGACACCUUCUCCAAGGCGUACGCCAAGCAGGGUAUGCGCGCUUAUGGCGAGAUCAUUCAAGAGCCGGAGGCGGAAAACAAGGUCGAUGUGCUUACACAUCAGAAAUGGAGUGGCGCCAAUUAUGUCGACAAUCUGCUGAAGAUGGUGUCUGGCGGUGUCAGCUCGACGGCGGCGAUGGGCAAGGGCGUUACCGAAGACCAGUUCAAGUAG